AUGCAUUGGUUCAGGACUUGGAAACUACAGGAAAUAACAAAACAGCAGCUAAUGGCUCACUUGGACUCCAUCAGAAAAGACACGGGCAUACUAGAGAAAAGUGAAUUUGCAAAUCUGAGAGCAGAGAACGAGAAAAUGAAAUUUGAAUUAGACCAAAGUAAACAUCAACUGAUGCAUGAAACUGGUCGAAUUAGAGCAGAUAAUAAAUUGGGCAUCAACCUAGAAAGGAGCAGAGUAACAGAUAUGUUUACAGAUCAAGAAAAGAAACUUAUGGAAACAAUCACAGAAUUUACCAAAAAGGAUGCCCAAACCGAAAGUGUUAUUUCAGAAACCAGUCAUAAAAUUGAUACUGAAAUCGCUUCCUUAAAAACACGGAUGGGGUCUAACAGACUUUGA